UCUGCCUAUCCAAACUGUAGAAACAGCUAAGAUACGAACUUAGUGAAAGAAUUCUGUUUGCUGUAGUUGGAUCUAGUUGGUUUCACUGCGUUACAGUUGCGCUCGCAUGAUUCGUAGUUUAGUGAUUUAUAACUGCAUGUUUUAAGUGUAUUUAUGCUCAAAGAUCAGGUGAUGGCAGGUCGUUAGCAGCUCAACUUGGUUUCUUUUAUUACUUGUUUGCACCCCGCUGAUUACUUGGCACAUCAGACUUUUAACAAUGAUCGCUGAAGGUCACGUUUCAGCGCGACGCACUUGUCCCAGUGUUGUGCAUCUUUUCUUCUGCGACCGUGACUUGAUUUACAGAUAACUUCUAAAUCUUAAUUAACCAAUCCGAGGCUGAAAAACAGCAGCGAUGGUGUUUUCCUGCGUGUUUUGAUUUGUCUUUUAGACUUUAGCCCACUUUAAAGGCGAGACAAACCGGACUAUGACUCGUUCAAAACUUUCCUGUGUGCCCCUGUGGAUGACCCAGUGAAAAGAAGUGUCAGAUCAUAUGUAGUUUAAUUGUGCCAGUCUGAACAUGUUAGGAAGUCCGUCAAACAACGGCGGCAUCAGAAUGCUGGCGCCUACGGCUCCGAACGACGACAGGCGGGUAGAGUUCGUGGCUCUUACCGCUGUCCACACGGAGAGAAGCGAGCCGUCCACCCCGGAGCGCGGACAUCCGUCUCACCGCACAGGUCUGCUGGGCACCCCGCUGCCCGGGCCGCCGGGACCCCGGGCCUCCACGUCCGCUUCAAGCAAACGCUUCAGAAAGUUGCAAAACUGUCUGUACAACGUGCUGGAAAGACCAAGAGGAUGCGCGUUCAUCUACCACGCGUUCAUUUUUCUGCUGGUGUUCAGCUGCUUGGUGUUAUCUGUGUUCUCCACCAUCCCUGAACACCAAAAGUUCGCCAAUCAAGGCCUCUUCAUCCUGGAGUUUGUGAUGAUCGUGGUUUUUGGGUUGGAGUACUUCAUCAGGAUCUGGGCAGCUGGCUGCUGCUGCAGAUACCGUGGGUGGCAGGGACGACUGAGAUUUGCCAGGAAGCCCUUCUGUGUCAUAGACUUCAUAGUGUUUGUGGCAUCGUUGGCAGUGAUAGCAGCAGGGACGCAGGGCAACAUCUUCGCCACGUCGGCCCUGCGCAGCAUGCGCUUCCUGCAGAUCUUGCGUAUGGUUCGUAUGGACCGACGGGGAGGCACCUGGAAACUACUGGGUUCAGUGGUUUACGCUCACAGCAAGGAGUUGAUUACAGCCUGGUACAUAGGCUUCCUGGUUCUGAUCUUUGCCUCCUUCCUCGUCUACCUGGCAGAAAAAGACAUCAACACAGACUUCAACACCUAUGCAGACUCCCUCUGGUGGGGGACUAUUACGCUAACCACUAUUGGCUAUGGAGAUAAGACCCCUCGUACCUGGCAGGGACGGCUCCUAGCUGCAGGCUUUGCUCUUCUAGGAGUCUCCUUCUUUGCUCUGCCUGCCGGCAUUCUGGGGUCAGGCUUUGCCUUGAAGGUGCAAGAGCAGCAUCGGCAGAAACACUUUGAGAAGAGGAGGAUGCCUGCUGCCAACCUGAUACAGGCUGCAUGGCGUCUCUACUCAACAGAUGCCAAACACUCCUACCUAACGGCUACAUGGUACUUCUACGACAGCAUGUUGCCUUCGUUCAGAGAACUGACGCUACUGUUCAGUCACCUCCAGCGACAGCGUAACACCAAGAAGGUUCUCCACAACUCCUACCACACGCUGCUGUCUGGGCUGCGGCCCUACAGCUCCCCCUACCUGUCGGGGGACAGUCAGCUCCUUUCUAAAAAACGGGGUCUCUUCCGGAUUCACGCUGGCCGCAAGCAGAGCAGUAAAAUUGGCUUCCGCGAUCGGAUCAGGAUGAACAAUUCCCGAUCAUCCCAGACCAUUCGGAAUAAGGCAUCGCCACUGCCGCCAGGCUCCAGUGUCCGCUGCUCUCCCAGCCAGGAGAACGUCCCUGAGGCCACCAGCCCGGGGAAGGUUCAGAAGAGCUGGAGCUUUAAUGACCGCACACGCUUCCGCACCUCCCUUCGCCUCAAGCCACGUCCACCUGCUGAUGUGGAGGGACUCGGGGAGGACAGUGUGGAAGACAAACCAUAUUGUGAUGUUGCUAUGGAGGAGGUAAUCCCAGCAGUGAAGACACUCAUCCGGGCUGUCAGGAUCUUAAAGUUCCUUGUGGCCAAGAGGAAGUUUAAGGAGACUCUGCGUCCAUAUGAUGUGAAGGACGUCAUAGAGCAGUACUCUGCUGGACAUUUGGAUAUGCUGGGCCGUAUCAAGAGCCUGCAGAUGCGUGUGGACCAGAUAAUUGGACGAGGAACCGUCCAGCCCGAUAAGAAAGCGCGCCCUGAAAAGGGAGAGAAAACACCACCAGAACUGGACUCACUGGAUGAACUAAGCAUGAUGGGACGUGUAGUCAAGGUGGAGAAACAGGUACAGUCUAUAGAGAACAAGCUGGACCUCCUGCUCAACUUCUACUCCCAGUGCCUAAAGAAAGGCUCAUCCAACUUCACCCUGUCCACCCUCCUGGACCCCGACCUGACAUCCGACUACCACAGCCCCACGGACCAAAGAGACCUCUUCCCCUCCGCCAACACUCUCAACAUCUCCAUGUCUGAGAGCGGCAAUUUGGAAUGACAGCGAGCUGAGCAGUCCUGGGGCUUUUCGGACACAGACGCAAACCCUUUACAGUAUGUCUUCCUGCGACCAAGUCCUCACUUGGAGCUGCUUCAUUACGUUUCACAUCUGUCUGGGAUGAUUUCUAUUCCUCUAUCUCAAAUGUGCACCCUCGCCUCUUUUUCCUGAAGUGAAUGUGUUUCCAGAGGCCACCACCACAUGGCUCCACCUGACAAGGAGCCUCAGCCAAAGCUGCUCACCACACAUGCCUCUCAAGCCACUAAAUGAGCAUGGAGAUGAAGAGAGGACACGAGAACAACUAUGACUUGACUACUGAACCACUUUCGCCCACUCACCUCUUGCAAUGCAUCUAUGCCUACCUUGAAGCAUCCACUGUAGAUAAUCAGAUAAUGAGACAUUAAAGUUUUGAUUUUUAAAAAUUAUGUAAAUCCUGCUUUAAUAUUACCCAAACGGAGCUGGGAGAAUGUGUUGGAGUAGCUGAUGUGUGUUGUACACUACUGUUUAUUGUUUAUCUCCAUUCUCUCUCCCAGAAAUUUCAUGUGUCCAACAAGCCCACUUGCAAAAAAAAAGAAAAGAAAAAGAAAAAGCAAGACAUUAUUCCUUGUUUGGCUGGCAUUCAGGAUUUUAUAGAGCCAAAAUGUCUCAAAGGCUACAGUUGCGCCUUGAGUAUUUCAAUUAUCCAAGUUUUUUUAACAAGUCCUUUACACCUCUCUGUCAUGCAGCCCACCACUCCUAACAUGCAUGAUCCUCGCUGAUUCUCAGUCACAAUUUAGACGUGUAUGUCACAAUUUCUGCACUGCUCCCCAUCACUCCCAUCUAGCCUCAGGUCAGGCAGUCAGUGAUACGCCACAGCAUUUCUUACAGGAUGGUAGUUCUCACUCUUACAGCCAUCUCAUGCUUUGUGGGUCACCAGCUGUGGAAACGGUGUCAAGACUUUUUGGCCAGUUUUAAACAAUGAACAGCCAACGCACGAAUUCCAGGCCAUUAUCCUCAUGAGUGCAGAUGUCUUAGGGAAUGGUUCCAGCCUUACAGCUUCGCCACGAACAGACAUUGUGCAGGGGUGGGGCUCUAGUCGCUACCCACAGGUGUUACUAUCAUCACCUUUACUCUCUGCUGUCUUUUUCUGGUUCUUUCUUGGGCAUGGUUUAUGCACAGUAGUUCCUCUGUGAUUAUGGACAAAACUGGAGAGUGCACAAAUGCACACACACACACACACACACACACACACACAAUGAAAGUAAUUCCGAUACUUAAAUACUUUGGCACUUGAUAAUUGUUACACAUUUUUGUCUUGAACAGUGUUAUCUUUUUUUGUUUUGAUUUCUUUACUGUAAUGAUGUUCCUCCAUUCGAUUUUGUGUAACCUUUAAUGGCAAAUGUUUUUUUUUGUUUUUUUUAAUGAUUUUGGUUGCUAAAGUAAAUGUAGGAUUUAAGUUAAUAUAUUUAAUUGAGUUAGAUACGAUCUUUUAAUAAAUGUAGCACUUUUUUAUGUAGUUGAAUCAUGGGUGACACAACUCUAACUACACACAGCCGAUCAGGUUCAUAAUCAAGACUGGCAGAGCUCGCAUGUGUAUUUUUUUAACGUCAUCAGAUAAUCGCUGCCAGCUUGGAGAAAACAUUCAUUAUACUGCAUUGGGCCAGUGAGAACAGUACGUCUGUCCCUGCAAGUGAUUUGCUAAUUUGAUCCAGUCAAGCCAGUUGACUCAGGUGCUCCACUUUUCCAUUCAAGCCAAGCCUAAAUUUCAAACACUGAAUGUACUUCACUGCUCCAUCUACUUAACAUGGAUCUAUUUAUGAUCUGAUGCUCCUGCUGCCAUGGGGAAUAAAAUGGUACUUCAAAGCUUGCUCUUGAUAUCAUGCGAUUAUUGCAUUCAUUUCAUAGAGAAAUGCUUGGUUGCUUUAUCCUUUGGCCUGAAUUAUAGCAGAGAUGCCUGCUUCUUAAAGGCAUUAGUAGACUGAACACUUCAUUGUCAUCUGGAAUGUUGAGCUUCAUGAAUAUGUUUGUGAGACCUCUGUAUUGCAUGUUAUUGUUAGUGGUGGCCCCAGUGUUAGAUAAAAAAAAAACAA